AAACUUGAAGGGUCUUUUCCAUUAUCCAUCAUCCACUGGUUUCUAUUCGCCCCCCUCCAUUAACACCCCCUGCUGUCGGCUUCCUUCCCCGGGGGCAGCCCCCCUUCCCUCACCGCCCCCGCCUGUCUGGGGAUAUGUCAGUAGGUCCUGACCCUCUCCUUGCCUGAUCCAGUCAUUGGGCAGGGGGUGGAAUUCUUGAUUCUUCUACAUCUUCAUCCAUCCACCCCCGUCUGUCCAUCGGGCAGUUUGUCUGUUUCCCCCCCACACACACCCCUCCUUUGUGGGUUUUUCCAACCAGAGUGAUGGAGCCGGUUGCUAUGGCAACUGCAUCUGUUUACAAUACCCGCAUAUCUUGGAACCCAUUAACCCUGUCCCCUCUCGGACCCUUCUCUGACCCAAGAGGGACAGGUUCGAAGUAGCCCCAGAAACCUACCCCCCACCUUGUCUCACUUCGGGGAACCCUCCAGUUCCCUUCCCACUCCCCAGCUUCCUUCCUACUCCCCACAUACGUGCCCUUUGUCUUUCAUGCCCCCACUUCUGGUCUGCCCUCUCUCUGGCCUAGCCUCACUCCAGAAUGUCUGUCUCAUCUCCUCCGGAUGGCUUUCCCCUGAGGAGGGUUCUCCUAACUAGUUCUACCCGGGGCUUUCCCAAGGGUGCCCUCUACCUGGUCCCUUUCUCCUCCCUACAGAACUGUGAGCCUCUGGCUCACUGUUGGGGUCUUUGCCCCACCCCCCUUUCCAGCUUCCCCUCCGAGGUUUCUGCCCCAAACGGGUCCCGUCCAGGCCUCUGUCUGUUGUGGCUACUAGCACACUCUGCACACACCUCCCUGGUCUUGUCAUCCUCUUUUAGGGGUCCUCUUAUCUGAUGGCAACCAGCCUGCCUCCUUCCUCCUUGCUUUAUCUGCCUCUUUCCUGCUCCCCCACUUCCUCUCUUCCUGGGACUUGCUGCCUCUCACCGGUAGUCCCCGUCACCCCGCUCCAGGAAAUCUCCCCUUGUAUCCUCCCCUUGUUCUCCUUCCUAUGGUACCAUGCCACCACUGCAUGAAGAUCCUAAGCCCCACGAGUAUCUCCCAGUGUGUUCCGUCUCCAGCCCUGGCCCUCACUUUGCCCUAGUCUUGAUCCAAGUCUCCAGUUGCUUUUGCUUUUUCUUGCCCUCUGCUCCGUUUUUCUCUUCUUCCGUCACCUCAGAUCCAUUAUCAUCUCUGAGCUUCCUGUCCCAGGCUCAGGGCCUUCUGACAGCCUUGUAGGGGCAAGAGAGCUCGGGUCCUAAGAAUUAGAAAGAAUGGGGACACACAGGAAGUAACUAGCGCCUGAAAUCCAAGAAGCCCGUUUCCCACUCACGUCCCCUCUUCCUGAUAGGGAACCUCUCAGGAGAUCCUCAGAGACGGCUGCCUAUCUCAGCUGCAAGGGAGUCAGGCUACAUAAGACCCAGACUCUGCCCUUGCAGAAUGCCCAGGCUGAGAUGAAGUCUGCUCAGAUCAUAGCCUUUGAUGAGCUGCGGACUGACUUCAAGAACCCCAUCGACCAGGGGAACCCAGCGCGGGCACGCGAGCGUUUGAAAAACAUCGAACGCAUCUGCUGCCUCCUGAGGAAGCUGGUGGUCCCGGAAUAUUCCAUCCACGGCCUCUUCUGUCUGAUGUUUCUGUGUGCGGCAGAGUGGGUGACCCUGGGCCUCAACAUCCCCCUCCUCUUCUACCACCUUUGGAGGUACUUCCACCGUCCUGCGGAUGGCUCCGAGGUCAUGUAUGAUGCGGUCUCUAUCAUGAAUGCUGACAUCCUCAACUACUGCCAGAAGGAGUCCUGGUGCAAACUGGCCUUCUACCUGCUCUCCUUCUUCUAUUACCUGUACAGUAUGGUUUAUACGUUGGUGAGCUUCUAAGGGUGAAGCCGGCCAGGGAGCAAGCCCAGAAUGGACCGGACGCCUGUGCACCCCUAGCCCUGCCCUUCUGGCCACAGAGGCCUCAGCCCCGGGGAGACAGGGGGCACUGGUGCCUCCAGCCUCUUCACCCCCCCAAACUGCUGCUGCGGGGACCACCCUCGCCUUCAGAGCUCUCCCCCUCCAACUAGGGCCAGGCAAAGCUCUCCCCGGGGUGGGGGCUCCACUGCUGGCCUGCAGUAGGCAUGGCAGUUGUCCUGGAAGAGGCCAGGCUUCCAGUCUUGUCUGUUUCAGGGGAACUUGGGCCCUGCCAAGAUCUUGAUCUUGGAAAUUCUGGGCAGCCCCCCUGUGGCCCUCACCCUAAAGCUCCCCCUGCAGGUGGGGGGGCACCUGCACCAGGAAUGAGCAGGCUCAAUAUGGGGGCAGCCCCAUCCCUAGUCUGCCCUCUCCCCUCCCCAGGCGCUCUUUCCAACCCAGUCUCUACUUCUCCCAAACCCAGCCCACCUGCCCCUUGGUCCUAUUUUCUAUGUUGCCUGGAGGAGUCCGGCACCCCUUCCCUGGCCAUUUGUGACAAAAGAUGAAUAAACAACUGAAAACACACAG